UUCCCAUACGCGGGCCGUUCAAUCUUCCGGGGCUCUCACAAAUCCUUUUCCUUCGUGACAAGCUAUCAAAUAGCGGACCAGUCGCUCGUGCCGUGGAAGCCUUUUCCUGGUUAGGGUUCCAAUUCAAUGUCGCCCUUCCGAUUCCUUCAUCUCCUCCUCAUCUUGCUCUUUUCCUACGCCUCCGCCAAUACCUACCACUCCCUCCUCCGGAUGGUCCCCGACGACCGCGUUUUCAGCGGAUCCGCUGGCUUCCGAGGAGCCGCCGAUGGCAUCUUCUGCGAUAGCUGGAGGCUCUCUGUGGAAACUAAUAACGCAGGGCAUUGGAGGAUCAUCCCAGAAAACUGCCUCGGGAUGGUGGAGGAAUACAUGAACGGGGAUCGGUACUCGUCGGAUUCCGACGUUGUCGGCGCUGACUCGCUGUCCUUCGCCAUGACUGUUCAGAUUGAGGGCGAUGGGAAAGACAUAUGGAUCUUUGACAUCGACGAGACGCUGCUUUCCAAUCUUCCGUAUUAUGUGGUCCAUGGAUACGGAUCUGAAGUUUUCAAUGAGACUUCAUUUGAUGAAUGGGUGGACUUGGCUAAGGCUCCAGCGUUACCAACAAGUCUAUGGUUAUAUGAAGAACUUCUUGGGCUUGGAUUUCAGAUAGUUCUUCUAACCGGUCGAAGUGAGUUUCAAAGAAGUGCAACCGAAAAGAAUCUAUUGUUCGCUGGUUACCAUUCAUGGGAACGACUUAUUUUAAGGCAAACCGCAGACAUAGGAAAGUCUGCAGUGGUCUAUAAGUCAGAAAGGCGAGCAGAGCUGGAAGCGCAGGGAUUCAGGAUUCAUGGUAACUCGGGUGAUCAGUGGAGCGAUCUGUUGGGGUCGCCGAUGACAAAGCGCUCCUUCAAACUCCCUAAUCCGAUGUACUGCGUUGAAUGAUCUAAUACAAGCCGCAAGGCAAGUAGGCAACCAUUCUUUUGGCAUUCCUAUUUUUCACUUGUACCUCUAUUGUAUUCCUUAUCGUCGACACCAAAUUAUGCCAUGGAAUGUGAUGGCUUUGAAAUGGAAAACAAGGAUCAGUUCGGUGUUGGUUGUAACUGAUACCGGCAAAUAUGUAAAUUAACAAGGCACAAGAGAUUACAAAUACUGCAACUGUGUAUUAGUGUUUUAAAAUUGGAAUUUACUUGUAAUGCUGACUUAUUAUUAUCAAGGUUAAUUUGUACACCCAAAAGUUAUAGAAA